AUGGCAGACAUGAAGGAUAAACUCGCACAACUGCAACAGGAAGGUUUCGUUUUGAUAGAGGGUGCGUUGUCACCAGAUGAGACAGAGCAUAUCCGUCAGCGCAUCAAUUAUGCCCGUAAAAAGGGCUGGGAGGAAGGCUUGAACGCCGUCGGCAACAUGUGGUUUGAUACCUUGCUUGACCGCGAACCCGAUACGUAUGAGUCACUUGUCGGGCAUUCGAGUGUCCGUCCCUACCUUGAAGGUUUAAUGGGCAAACAGUGUCAACUCCGAAGUCUACGCGCACACAUCAACCCGGGUCCCUAUCUCCAAGAAUGGCACAUGGAUUUUUACGGCUACUGGCAAGAAAAGCGGUAUGUUGAGGAACAUCCGUUCGCAAUGGCACCCGCCGGGAUUAACACGACGUACUAUUUCCAAGACAAUGCCCCGGGUGAGGGACACCUCAAGUUUAUCAAAGGUAGUUUCCAAGGUAUUAGUACAGCCGCGGAACUGGAAGGUUUAGUCGUCUACUUUGCUUUUGAAGAGGGAGCUGGUAAAACUGUUGCGGAUCUCUCUGGUAACGGGCAGGAUGGGAAAUUAGAGGGGGAUACGUCGUGGACCGAUGGUAAAUUCGGGAAAUCGGUUAAUUUCGGUGGAAAGAAUGGGAUCGUUCGGGUCGAGCAUUCCGAUGCGUUUGAGUUUACCGAUGGCAUCACCAUUGCCGCUUGGAUUCUGCCCACUUUGAAGGACAAAUGGCAGCACGUUGCCGUUUCGUUUCAGAGUGGAGAGUGGUGGACCGUCUAUCUUGAUGGCGAGGUCCUGAUAGAUUACCCGAAGACGGGUGAUAAAUUGGUGCCGAUUGAUGCCCCGCUUAUGCUCGGUACUGAGGAACCACCCGGCUCUCAAUCGCUACUAUAA